GGAAUCCGCAUCCUCUACAACACAGCCACCUUCCUCCUCAUCACUGUCCCGGACAUCUACCGUGGUCGGCUGUGUGGCUUGGGCGGUGACUAUGAUGGGGACCCCAGUGAUGACUUCCGGCUGCCCAGCGGGGCACUGGCAGAAACCACCCAGGAAUUUGUUACCUCCUGGAAGGUUCCAGAGAAGGACAGAACAUGCAGUGAUGGCUGUGAUGGCGGUGUGUGCAGCAGGUGUGAUGUCACCAAAGAGGCGAUGUACAGCAGGAACGGAUCCUGUGGGAUCAUCCGUGAUGCAGAAGGGCCAUUCCAGGGGUGCCACCCACAUGUGAGCCCCGUGGAGUAUUUCACCCACUGUGUCCAUGACGUCUGUGCCGCCAGCGGGGACCGCACCGCCCUGUGCCACUCACUGCAGGCAUAUGCCACUGCUUGCCAAGCCGCUGGUGCUAUGGUCAGAUCGUGGAGGACAAAGGAGUUCUGCCCCCCAUCCUGCCCACCAAACAGCCACUAUGAGCUCUGCACCCGCACCUGUGACCUGACCUGUGCUGCCCUGGUG